UGUGUAGGUAUUUUGCUGUAUAAGUGUACAUAUACUGUGUCUCUUUAAGGGUGGUCAAAAAAAAACGUGUAGAGGGGGUAAUGCACGCUUGUAAGUUUCACUUUACCUGUAGAUGCCGGUUACUUCUUCUAAUAUUCUACAUUAAUAAAAUGCGCUGUCACAAGACUAUAUCGGCUCUUGUGAAAUUUCGCUAAAUGCUGAUAUUUCGAAAAAAUCACUCGAUCGUCGCCGAUGCUUUAUUUUCGCUUCGAUAUUUCGUCGUUUCAGUUUAAAAAAAAUUGUCGCGAAUUUAUUUUGUAAAUUUUUUUCAAUUUCACUUUGAAAUUUUUUUAAAAUUUUUAUUCGGUUGGUUGAAUUUUUUUUUAAUAUGGUUUUUAAUGAUAUGAUGUAAAGUGAAUGAAUUUACAAAAAUCGUGUUGAUUGAAAAUAUUUCGCGUAUUUUUUUUUGUUUUUUAGAUUUUUCGGUUCGAUUUUUUCAAUUGGUUUUUUUUUGCAUUUUAUGCGAGUGUUCGUUGGUGUUGUGUUGGUAAAAAUUCGAAAAAUUUAUUCAACGAAGCAACGUUAUUGCCUAUUCCUGGAUGGUACAUUGUCCACAGCCUAAGCAGCCGAUACCCUGCGAAAAAAUAUGCAGUCCAAUGUAGCUGAAUGAAUUACACACGCGGAGCGUGCCAAAGUCAACCCAUACCUAUACAGACGAGCUGAGACUUCACAAAUUCGAUUUACCAGAGAGCGAAAAUAUUUAAAUUAAAAAAAAAACUACCCAUAUGGUGGAUAGACGCAAUAAUUUAAUAUCGGUGUUGAAACGUUCCUAUCUGAAAUAUUAUGACCAUCUAUUACGUAUUUUAUUCAAGAUUAUUUAUAUUAGAGAAUUUUGAGCAGAUACACCACCACCUGCAGCAGUCAUCGUCACAAAGCAAAUAUUGCGAUACUUUGCGCCGCGUUGUUUGAGAAGUUUCGAAUACUCUUGUAGUAUACCUACCUAGUAAAUACCUACCUACAUAGAAACCGUAUAAUCAAAAUGACUAAAAGUCAAUAUUUAAAAGUUGGCAGAUCGGCCAAAAAUAGAAUAUUCGGUAGCAUAGCACCUAUACGAAGGUUUAGCUCGGUUGCUUCGCCCAGACAUUCAAAUGGAACGCCCAUUCAGAUGCUGGUGUCGGAAAAGUUCACCAUUAGUAAUAGUCGCUUAGCGGUGAUAGUAGUGGGAAUUUUUACGUUAGCUAUUGGAAUCAUUUUGUCGUCGAUUCCUUGGUUAGACUACAUUAUAAUGAAGAAUUUAAAAUUACUCAACGGAACGUUAUCCUAUCAUUAUUGGCAUAAACCUGGAGUUAUAAGACUGACUAAAGUAUUUAUAUUUAAUGUAACCAAUCCCGAUGGUUUUCUGCAUAAUGGAGAGAAACCGAAAUUAGUCGAAUUCGGCCCGUUCGUUUAUAGAGAAGAUAUGGAAAAAGUGAACACGAGGUUUUACGAUAACGGCACCACAGAAUUCCAGCACUUUAAAGUAUUGAAUUUCGUACCAGAGAUGUCGAUAGCCGGAGCAGAGGAUCUGGUAUUCACCGUACCAAAUAUCCCGUUAUUGACGUUGACGACGAUGGCGAACAAUCUGCAUUGGGGCAUAGUCUGGCAUGGUAUAUCGGGGUCGUUAAGUUGGCUUCGUAUGGAGCCUUUCAAAAAGGUCAACUUCCACGAGUUCAUUUGGGGAUACGACAGCGUGAUAACUGACGUAGCCAACAGGUUCCUCCCCAAAGAAAAACGACCGCCGCAAAAAAUGGGUAUAUUUUUAACGCGAAAUGGCACACUGGCCGAUACAGCAACUAUAUUCAAUGGCGAGAAAGGUUGGGAAAAUUUCGGAUAUAUGGAUCGUCUGAACGGGCUGGAUCACUUGCCGUAUUGGGAUCCGCCGUGUAAUUCGAUCGCCGCAUCCGAAGGUUCCUUGUUUCCGCCGCGUUCUGUUACCAAAUCGGACAUAGUGCAUUUGUACGAUAAAGAUUUGUGUCGAAUUUGGCCCAUGCAGUACAGAUACGAGACCACGAAAAAAGGCAUAGAGUGCGGCUACUACACCCCGGUUGACAAUAUCUUUAGUCCGGAAGAAUCCGAGAAUAGUACGUGUUUUUGCGGAGGAUUACCAUGCCCGCCUAAGGGACUUCAGAGUAUAAGCCCGUGUCAGUUUGAUGCUCCGCUCGGCAUAUCAUUUCCACAUUUCUUAAACGCUGCUCCAGAACUAUUGAAUUCAGUCGAAGGUCUUUCACCCGAUAAAGAAAAACACGAAUCUUUCGUCAAGAUCAAUUCGAAAUUGGGCGUACCUUUGGAAGCUCGGAUUCGAAUACAGCUCAAUUUGAUGGUCGAACACUCGACGAUGGGCGUGGUUCGAGAUUUCCCCACUUUUAACUUCCCUGUGAUGUGGCUCGAAGAGGGUGUCGAAGAACUUCCCGACCAUUUGCAAAUACUCCUCUACCUCUCGACAACGUUCGCCGAUCGCAUAGUUCCUUACAUAACAUACGGCAUGGCAGCCUUCGGAGGUCUAAUCUUAAUCGUCGUAUUUUUACGAACCUACAAAAACUACAUAUUUACCCAACAAUCCAUCGAGCUGGGUAAACGCACAUUACGUCGAGGCAGCAGCUUCUUCACGACCGGUCAGCAGAAGCUAAUGAUGCUACGAGAAUCCUACACCCUUUUGAACAGUCCGCUAGCAGAAACUGAAACAGAACAGGAAAGUUCUACUUGAGUGAGUGUCCUGGAAAUGGUACAGCGCGCAGCGCCCAGCGCUCAAUUCGCAGACCGCGAAACGGUCGCGGUAAGAAGAAAAAAAAACUCGAAUUAGCCUAAUUCGUAGGUAUAUAGCCUAUAUGAUACUCUUGCUAUCCAAGCAAAAGAUGAUGUCUUACGUAAGCAACAACAACAACGCUGCAGCUAAUGACUUGUGUAUCAACGCCCAAACGUGCCUGUUACUUUAUAUAAAAACCAGUUCCCAAGCGGUCGAUUUAGAAUGGAAAAAAAAGGUACAAAAAAUUGCAAAUUUUUAUUUAUUCCAUUAUUCCUCGAGUCGUUUACACCCUCCCUCCCUCCCCUACCCCCUUUUUCUAUUAGCGUAGAAAUCCAUCUACGCGAAUAAUAUACAAAAAAAAGCAUUUAUUAUCGUUCGUUCGUUUUUUUUUCUUAUUUCAUUUUUUUGUUUUUAAAUUAUUAUUAUUUUCUAUACUACUACGUACGUAUAAUUAUAACUAUUAUAAUAAUUUUAUAUCGUUAUUAUUUUUUUAAUAAAAAUGAAAAUUUGCAAUUUUUUGUCGUCGACCCGACAGGAGCGAGGUAAUUCUUUAAACUUUCUAUACGUAAUUUUAGACAAUAUAUUGAAUAUUCGUCGCGAGUCGAGUGUUACCUACAUGAUAAAAAAUAUAUUAGAUGUGUAUUACGUAUCUACAUAGGUACGUAGCGAUUGUAAAUUAAAAAGCAAAAAAAAAACGUAAAUUUUAUUGUAUAAAAAAUUUAUAUAUUUUAGAUACCUACUUACAUAUGUUUACGACGAUUUUAAAUCUGUACGUAACGUUAUACGAGGAAUAUAACGUUAUGUAAUUGUUUAUACCAUCGCUCGUUGAAAGAAGAGCUAAUAAUCAGUAGAGCGUGUGUUGUAUAAGACACACUGGUGGUUUAUUUUAAUUCUUUCUUCUUUUUUUUUUUUAUCGUUCGAUUCGUUUUUUUUAAAGCGUCGAAAAAAAUGUUGUAACUUAAUCUGAUCGUGUUAUAAAAAAAAUAUGUCAUCCAAAGUAGAUCGUAUUUAUAUAGUUCAAGUUGCCGGUAUAUUUUAGUACCUAGUUUGUUUAUAUUUCUUUUUUUCCUAGAAAAAUUUUUACCAUUUUUUCCAUCUGUUGAAAUACUUGUCAACGUUUAUCACAACGAAUUUGGAAAAAUAACCGAAUUAAAUUAAAAUGAGAAAAAAAAUUUCGAAAUUGUCAAAAAUAUUGUUUUUUUUUGGAUGAAAAAUUAAAAGAACUCGUACCAUCAAUAAUUUUGAGGAAAAGCUGAUCGUAUAAUUUACGAGACCAGAAUUUUAAAAAAAAAUCAACCUCUUCCUCCUCAACGGAGCAAUUUUGUAAAAUAUGUGAGAUUUUUAAUGAAUAUUUUUGCAUCAUCUUAAUCAAUACUUGUAGAGAUUAGCUUAUCGAGCAGUUAGCAGUGGAGGGGGAGGGGACGAAAGAGCAAGUGAACCUCUUGCGACAAAACCUCACCCAAAUGAGCCCUUGAAAUGAUCUCAAUUUUUUUUUUUUUCAUUUCAAAAAGUGAAUGAGCUCCUAAAAAAAUAUUUGUAUUUAUUAUGUAGCUGGACAACCCUGGAAAAGCUUGGGGGUCUCUUUCGAGAAAUUGUCAGUCUAUUCUUAGGGAAGGGAGGGAGGGAGGGAGGGAGGGAGAAUCUGAAAAAUUAUAUUUUCGUGGAUUUUAAUGGAUGAAAAAAUUGCACAAUUUUGUGUAAAAAUGGAACACCAAAAAUGCUACGUUUACCUUGUUUUGAGAUUUUUUUGUUUUUUUUUGGGGGGGGGAGAGAAGAGGGGUAUGAAAAGAAGGCUACUCUAAAAAAAAAAAAAAAAAAAAAAACACAGAAAAAAAGAGAAAUAGGAAUCGAAUUAUGGGUUUUUGAGGACGCUGAUUUCAGUUACAACAAUUCUUUUCUCCAAAGACCGAAAAUAACUUCACUAAGAUGGUGAAGAGGGGAGGGAAGGGUGAUAAGAAAUUGAAAAAAAUACAAUAUGGGUAUCGAAUUAAGGAUUUUUGAGGACGCUGAUUCCGAUUUCCUCAACUAUUUGCCCCAUUGAUCGAUAAUAAUUCCACCGAGGAGACAAAAGGGGGAGAGAGGGGGGGACACAAAAUGCAACUCUGGUAUCGAAUUAUAGGCAUUUGAGGGAGCUGAUUGUAAUUUCAUCAACUACUUUGCCUUAUAGACCAAAACAAAUCCAUCAGAAUUGGGAGGGGAGGGGAAGGAAAAGGAGGAGGGGAGGGGGGUGAGAAAAAUAUUCAAGGAUCAAGAUGUAUUCGAAAAUGAAAUCUUUGUCCUAAAAACCCCACAUUUUGAUAUGGUUCCUCUUCUCAGGGGUUUAUUUGGGAUUUUGGGGUCAAAUAAUCCAAAGAAAGAAAGAAAGAAUAAAAUAAAAUCUUCACUAAAAUAUUGAAUUUUUUGAAAAUUUUCAAUUUGGUAUUUUCUUCAAAGGCUUAUUUUGGAUACUUGGGUUAAAUGGUCCACAAAAAUGAAAUCUGUGUCCUUAAAACCUCACAUUUCGAUAUGAUUCCUCAUUCUACGAGCUCAGUAGAAAUUUUGUGGUCAUAUGAAAAAAAAAAAAUUCAAAAUCCAAGUUUUAAUAUCAGUAUCAAAUUUUUUGAAAAUUUUAAAUUUUGUGCUUCCUCUCAAGGCUUAUUUUGGGUUUUUGAGGUCCAAGUGAUCUUCAAAUUUAAAUCCUGGGUCGUCCUAGGAAGUCCACACUUUGAUACGGUUUCUUUUCUGAGGGGCUCAUUUGGGAUUCUGGGGUCAAAUGGUCCACAAAAAUAAAAUCUGCGUCCUCAAAACCUCACAUUUUGAUAUGAUUCUUCUCCUCAAAGCUCAUUUGAAAUUUUGGGGUCAUAUCAAAAAAAAAAAAAAAAAAUCAAAA